AUGGUUAUAACCCGAUAUGACAAAGAUGCCUCAGUGCUAUCAUCCGAUCAAUCCUUGGUCGCUUUUUGGGUGCAAGUAUAUGACAUUCCCAUCCGUUUCAGGAAUAAAGUAGUGGCAGAACAAAUUUGUGAAGCUAUCGGUACCAUCCUCCACCCGGAAGAUGCACCAGACUGUGAUGGAGGUAGUUUCAUCAGAGUAAGAGUCCGGGUCGAUAUCGCUCAACCUCUAUGCCGGGGAAGACUUAUUACCUUAGAGGAUGGUAAAUCACAAUGGGUGUCGUUUAAAUACGAAAGACUGGCCAAUCUCUGUUACUGGUGUGGCUGCCUUUCGCACGUCGACAGAGACUGCGAGGUUUGGAUGGACAGCGAAGGUACUCUUAAAACAGAGGACCAACAAUUCGGUCCAUGGCUUCGUGCCCCUCCCUUUCUUGUCUCCAGGAAAAAGGUGGUUUCGGUUCCUGGCUUCUUUACGAAGAAGUCCAACGACAAAGCCAAUCAGCACCAGUCCUCCCCCCUUCCCCAACCUCCAUUGACGUCCACACCAAAACCACCCUCCCAUGUCGCUAAACCAACUGUGUCUCUCAAGGUGUGCUCCGAUACUCUAGACACAAUAUCACCUGAGGGAACGGAAAGCACAUCGGAGGAUCACCCACAAAAUCCUCCAUUCCAGCCGGAUUUCGAGGACCUAAUCCGAGACAUCGACAAGGACCUCAGUCGAUUUGACAGUGAGGCAUCAGAAUUUCAAAAUUCAAUUGCUGAUCAUCCCGCCCCUAAUCUGGACUCCACUUAUCUUCCAGACCAACACUCCGGCCCAUUAAAUAAAAGGUUAGUCACUCAGCCCAAUAAGCCCAUCCCUUUUAAUGAUUUAACUAACGUGGAUCUUGGCCUAAUUCAGAAACAAGCCCAAGCAGGUGGAAAGUGGAUCCGUGUAUUAAGACCAACACAGUUUGGUGAUAGUCAUCCUCUGGACACUUCCUUAGGCAAACGAAAUUCCUCUGAUUCACAAUUCCUCCCUCUCCCCUCCAAACGCAGAGCGCUAGACGGUGCAAAGCAAAAUGAAACUCCUCUCCCAACGGCGGCGGCUGAACCUCAGCCCCGCCAAGCUCAAUGA